AGAGAUUUAUAGCAAGCAAGAGCAAGUGAAUGAGGGAGAGGGCUGGGGAAGCACUCAAUCUGUGUCUCUCACUGGUCAGCCUGUCUGCUUGCUCCAGGACUGCCACAGGAAAUCAUCACCAAAAUGAAGAUUGCUUUAAUUUUGCUCAGCAUCUUGGGGAUGGCCUGUGCAUUUUCAAUGAAAAAUUUGCAUAGAAGAGUCAAGUUAGAAGAUUCUGAAGAAAAUGGGGUCUUUAAGUACAGGCCACAAUAUUAUCUUUACAAGCAUGGCUACUUUUACCCUCCUCUAAAACGAUUUGCAGUUCAGGGCAGUAGUGACUCUUCUGAAGAAAAUGGAAAUGGUGAUAGUUCAGAAGAAGAAGAGGAAGAAGAGGAGGCUUCCAAUGAGGAAGAAAACAACGAGGAUUCUAAUGGGAAUGAAGACGAAGACUCUGAGGCUGAGAAUACCACACUUUCUACCGCAACACCUAGCUAUGGAGAAGAAGUCACUGCUGGGACAGAGUACAUAGGGUUAGCUGCAAUCCAGCUUCCAAAGAAGGCUGGGGAUAUGGAAAACAAGGCUACUAAAAAAGAGGAAAGUGAUGAAGAGGAGGAAGAGGAAGAAGAGAACGAAAACGAGGAAAACGAAGCAGAAGUCGAUGGAAACGAACAAGCUGUGAAUGGCACCAGCACCAACAGCACAGAGGUGGAGAACGGUAACGGCAGCAGUGGGGCAGACAACGGAGAGGAAGGGGAGGAAGAAAGUGGCACAGAAGCCACCACGGCUGGAACGACCUUGGCUGCAGGGCAGAGCACUGCCAGCUCAAAGACAACACCCUUUCCAGAUGGUGGGUUUGAACCCACAACCCCAGCUCUCGAGGUCUACAGGACCACCCCCCCGCGGGCCACCCCCCCACCCCAUGAGAAGACCACCACAGCUGAGUACGGGGGUGAGUAUGAGCAAACAGGUGGCAGCGAAUACGACCCUGGGUAUGAAGUCUACGACAGUGACAAUGGGGGCCCUCGUGGGGACAAUUACCGAGCCUACGAAGACGAGUACAGCUACUACAAAGGGCGCGGCUACGAUGGCUAUGAAGGUCAAGAUUACUACUACCGUCAGUGACGGCCAGCCUAGGCUGGAGUCACCAUGCCAGCUUGCCUCUGGCUACCAGUUUCCAAGAGCAACUCAGGAAGGUGCAGUAUAUGCAGCGUGCAUGUGAAGGCGGGAAUGGUGGGGCUGCUCCUAAGCGAGUUUCUGUAAUUGCUUCUGCCUCUAAUGGGCUCUUGUUGCUUUUCCCUGCUCUUUCUAAAUGGUUGUUGUCAGUCAGGAGCAUUUAUCAAGCAGAACACCAACCCAGGAGAUGGAAUUAGGUUGAACUUUUUGCGGUUGUAGCUUUAUAAAUAGCAUUUGUAAUGUGUUCACUCUAUCACUAACUGCCCAAAUGUACUCUUCAUACGCAAAUGCUUUGAGAAGAGAUCCACUGAUGUUACAAUACUGUAUGCAAUAAAUGUGUAAUUGCUAAUCACACUACCUAUCCAACACUGUAUUAGGGUGGAUUAUCAUCCUCAUGUAUUUUAUGUGAUCUGUAUGUAUAUUCUAUCUAUAGGUUUUAUCAUAAAUAAAAAGCAAUCCUUCAAA